AUGCUUUCAGAAUGCGGGCAGUCCCGCUUCGCACUGCUCGGGAGCCCUUCAAUGUGGCGGGCUUCCGCACCUCUCCUAGCACACUUCUCCAAGGACGUUGGCUUUGCUUCGUAUCCAUUCACAGAGCUGGAGGCCAAAUGGCAGGACUUCUGGCUUCGCAACAAGACCUUCAGAACUCCAGACAUCGGCGAGCUGGACACAUCGAAACCCAAGGCCUACAUUUUAGACAUGUUCCCAUAUCCCAGCGGUGCAGGACUUCACGUUGGGCACCCAGCUGGUUACACAGCGACAGACAUCCUGGCAAGGUUGAAGCGCAUGCAGGGAGCAAACGUGCUGCAUCCAAUCGGAUGGGAUGCUUUUGGUCUGCCAGCCGAGCAGUAUGCCCUCCAGACUGGGACACAUCCGCGAGUCACCACAGAGCGAAACGUCAAUCGCUUCCGGCAACAGCUGCAGUCACUGGGGUUCUCGUAUGACUGGGACAGGGAGGUGUCGACGACAGAUCCAGAGUAUUACAAAUGGACCCAAUGGAUCUUCCUGCAACUCUUCAAUAAGGGGCUGGCCUACCAGGCGGAGGUGCCUGUCAACUGGUGCCCUGCUCUUGGCACUGUGCUGGCCAAUGAGGAGGUCAUCGAUGGCAAGAGUGAGCGGGGUGACCACCCGGUUGUACGCCUGCCCAUGAAGCAGUGGAUGCUGCGGAUCACCCAGUAUGCACAGCGCCUGCUGGAUGAUUUGGAUGAGCUGGACUGGCCAGACAGCAUCAAGGACAUGCAGCGCAACUGGAUUGGGCGCUCUGAGGGCGCAACCAUCACCUUUGGCUUGCAAGUGUACACCACCCGACCAGACACCAUCUUUGGGGCCACCUACAUGGUCCUCGCGCCAGAGCACCCACUGCUGGAUAGCCUGACAACAGCAGAACAGAAGAUAGAUGUCAAUAAGUACGUGAGAAAGGCAGCCCUGAAAUCAGAUCUGGAGCGCACAGAGCUGCAGAAAGUGAAGACCGGCGUCUUCACAGGCAGUCAUGCAAUCAACCCUGCCACCGGUAAAGCUGUGCCCAUUUGGGUGGCUGACUACGUGCUGGGUAGCUAUGGCAGCGGUGCCAUAAUGGCUGUGCCAGCUCACGACACCCGGGACUAUGAGUUUGCCACGCAGUAUCAGCUCCCGGUGGUGAGGGUGGUGCAGGGGCCCAGCGGCGAGGACAAUGAGCUGCCCUUCACAGGGAAGGGAACAGCAACAAGCUCCAGCUGUGCGGCCGCGGGGCUGAGCUUGGAUGGGCAGGGGACAGCGGAAGCAGCAGCGUCGGUGGUCAGGUGGCUUGAGCAGCAGGGUAAAGGCGCCGCACAGAUUAACUUCAAGCUGCGGGACUGGCUCUUUGCGAGGCAGCGGUACUGGGGCGAGCCCUUCCCCAUCGUCUAUGCUGAGGGAUCCGAUGAGCCUGAGGGCAUCAGCGAGGAAGAUCUUCCUUUGACCCUGCCUGAGACUGACAACUUCAGGCCCAGCGGCACUCCCGAGUCACCACUGGCGAACAUCACGGAAUGGGUACACUUUGUGGAUCCGAAGACAGGCAAGCGGUACAGGCGAGAAACGUCGACAAUGCCGCAGUGGGCUGGAUCUUGCUGGUACUACCUGCGGUACUUGCAGCCAUGGAACACUGAUCGCGCCAUAGAUCCAGAGGUGGAGAAGUACUGGCUUCCAGUCGACCUGUAUGUCGGUGGUGCGGAGCAUGCUGUGCUGCACCUGUUGUAUGCCAGGUUUUGGCACAAGGUGCUGUUCGAUCUGGGUGUGGUGUCCACCAAGGAGCCCUUCCGGCGGCUAGUGAGCCAGGGCAUGAUCCUCGGAGAAGUGGAGUACACCGCGUACAAGGACGCUCAGGGGCAGUAUGUUGACGAGAAUCAUCCUGAGGCAACUGCAGUCAGGGUUGAGGAGGGGCAGGUCGACAAAAAGGGGAACGGUUUUGUGCUGCGCUCUGACCCAUCAGUGAGAGUGUCCACGCGGGCCCACAAGAUGAGCAAGAGCCGCGGGAAUGUGGUGAAUCCGGAUGAUGUGGUCACCAUGUAUGGGGCAGACAGCCUACGACUCUAUGAGAUGUUCAUGGGCCCCAUUAGGGAAACCAAGGUGUGGAGCACAAAAUCUGUUGAGGGUGUGCACAGAUUCCUUGCCCGCUCGUACAGGCUUGUGACAGGCAGCAACGUGGCGGACGUGGAGCCUACCAAGGACCAGCUCCGCUUGCUGCAUGCCACCAUCAAACGGGUGACUGAGGAGACAGAGGAGUUGCGAUUCAACACGGGGAUCUCAGCCUUGAUGGAGUUUGUGAAUAGUGCAUUCAAGUGGGAAGAAGUGCCUCGGAGUGUGCUGGAGCCCUUUGUCCUCUUGCUGGCGCCGUACGCUCCUCAUAUUGCAGAGGAGCUCUGGCAGGUGCUGGGUCAUUCAGACACCUUGACGUAUGAGCCCUGGCCCACAUACAACGAGGAGCUUCUCGUCAGCGACACUUUCAACUUGCCCGUGCAGGUGAAUGGCAAGCUGCGCGGGACUGUAGAAGUUUCCAAGCAAAUAUCUCAGGCAGAUGCAGAGGUGGCAGGGCGCAGCAUAACAUCUGUGUCAAAAUUCUUGGAGGGCAAGCCAUUGAAGAAGGUCAUUUUUGUGCCUGGACGCAUUGUCAAUUUUAUCGUGGGAAAGUAG